AUGCCGACGGUCGUUCAGAUAAACCUGAAGCGCAGCUCCCACGCUUCAGCUAAUCUGGGGGUCCUUCUCCGGGAGAAGGACAUCGACAUCGGCCUUAUACAAGAGCCAUGGACUAGAGACGGACGAAUCUCUGGCAUGGCCAUAAAGGGAUACACAACACUAUACACAAACUCGACAGAUCUAGCAGUGGCAAGAUUCAAGGCGGCGGAUGGGACAGCCAUACUAAUAGCCUCCGGAUACAUGGCCCACGACGAACCUGCACCACCUGAAGCGUUUAAUAGGGUGAUGCAGUGGGCCGAGGAGACUAAAACGACGCUCAUCCUCGGGUGCGAUGCCAACGCAAGGCACACACUGUGGGGAAGUAAGGAAACAAACGAAAGGGGUGAGUCUCUCUUCGAUAGUAUUAUAUGUCGUGACGUCACUAUUUGUAACAAGGGAAACACGCCCACCUUCAUCUUUCCAAGUACGGAAGGAUUUCAGGGCUGGGAAGAAGUCCUAGACAUAACCCUCCAAAUGGAGCAUAGCGACUAUAAGGGAACCGACCUACUGGUUCAAAAUAACUUCCAGAACUUUAUCGAUACCAACGUGUCCAAGACUAUUGUGGUAUUUAAAAAGUACAUGCGUUUCCAAAUCUUUUGGAACGUAAAACAAUAA